GUGGGUAUUCUCUUCUAUCUACUUCUCAUUUCUGUAUGUUUACAUUAUUCUAUAGAACGCUAAAGCGUGCGUAACGCCAGUGUUCAGUGUUCACAGACCGACAACAAUUUGUUGCUGGUUUUUUAAAUAGACAACAACGCAAUAAUGAAAGUCAAGCAAGCGUCUACCUCACAAUCCACUAUAAAUGUAUCCGGAACAUUUUGCGUAUGACGAUCUGGAACAACAAUGAAUAGUUAUUCUAUUUGUAUUGAAAAUUAUAACUGUGUUGGUAUCGCAAGCAGCGAUGUACACAAUGUUGUCGGUAGAUUGGCAUCAGUGCGAUGUAAAGCGUGUCGGCGUUAACUUUAGUAUAGGAAUUAUGGCAUUUUGAUUUUCGAUCUGACCUUUUAAUCAAAACUGCCAACUUUUCGGUUGAAAUAGAUUAUUUGGAAUUGUAAAGCUGAGAACAUAUUUAAUAUUUCAACGAACCUUUCUUCCACUCAGGGAUUAAAAGUGAAACAUUAAAAAAACCGUGUACCUUUCAAUUUAUAAUUUACGAACAAAUGAGUGAACUUCGACGCUUUGUGAGUACAAACAAAUUUAGCAUGGUAAUCGAAUUGAAACCAAAAAAUUAAGAAACAUUUCGAAAUGGAUAAUAAUUAUGUGUAUACAAAAUGGAAAGUUCCUGCCUAUAUCAUUGGUGGCCUGGGAAUAUUACUCAGCAUUGCUUUAUACGCGGGGAGUUUGUACUGUAGUGCAGUAAACUUUGUAUUCAGCUUUGAUGAUCAUAGUCUUCUUAACAUACUCGUGGCCGUGAAUUUGAUAGCAAACAUUUCAUGGACGUUCGGAGUUGGUUUAAACAAUGAAGUGCUCAUGAUUGUGUUGCUAGGCUGGUCUGCUUUAAUGUUUGCCGUUUGGUUGGGCAUAGUGCUACUGUCUAUUUUCAUGUUAUGCUUCGAUGGGAAAUUUGCCGAAGCGAUGGCAAUUUUUCGCAAUGCUGGUGUACUUAUUGGAACAGCUUUCUUUGCGAUAAGCUACAUUCUCACUGUGAUAUGUUUCGGAAAAAUCAGAAAAGCUAUUAAGAGAAGCAGAUCGGAAAUUCCAAGUUUUGAUGUUGCGUACAUAGCAGCACCCACGAAAUGUAGAGAAUUCGAUGUGUAUUGAGGCUUGGGUUCGAUUUCAUUUCUGUAAUAAAAAAUAAUAAUGUAAAUGAACACUGAAGAACUAAAAAAACUGCCAAGUUUAAAAUGAACAAAAAUAAUAUUAAAAUAAUUUAUUCCUAAAUUAUUUAGAGAAUAGAAGAAAUUAGACUAGUGAGGAGUGUUUUGUAAUAAUAAAAACAAAAUGAAUUCAAAUU